GUUCACUCAGUUGCCGAGCACGGGCCCCAGAUCUUGGGAGCGUCAGGCUGAAUGAUCGGGUCGCCCCGCUUGGGCGCCUACCUACGCAUCGCAACCCUACCUACUACACCUACACGCCAAUGUACAGCAAGGCACGGCAUGGCGGCCCAAAUUAGUGCUGGUAUGCUGGGUGCCCUUUACACUUUUUAAAGUACGCUCUAGCCUCCUAUCUCCUCGCGCGCUCCAGCGCCUGCGCGAUGUAGCUAUGCCGCGCUACGGGCCUUGGACAUGGUCACAACCACAUAAUCGUCACUACACAUAUCUUCUAGCCGACGACGGGGUUACAGUGUUAGAUACUCUCUGGGCGGGACCGACGACAAGUUCUGUUGCUGUGACGUCGAGAGCGAGUACACCCCGUAGUGCUGUAGACAAACCUCUCCCAUCAUUACAAAGCCAGUCGCAUACGGUUUCCCUCGCAGGCCCUUCGAGCGGCGCAGCUUCUCAACUAUGGGAAGACCCACCCCACUCUCGAUCGUACACCACCUCAUCGCUUAGACAGUCAAAUGAAUCCAUGGGCACUAUGUAUGGGACAGGAACAGAAAGAGUGAACAAUGAGCAGCAGGAUGGGACGUACACUGAGUCAUGGUCAAAUUAUACAACACAGCAAUAUGGAUCGCCAAGAGCUCAAUCCUACGGUUCCGCCCACGCCUCCACAACGACUGCUUUUGCAAGCUCGCCAUACCCACAACAGGACUACGAACGCUAUAAUUUCCGUCCCUUCUCACCAAGGCCCGCACAGCAAACACAGCAAGCAGCGCCAAACAUGGAUAUUGGGUCGCGACGACCAGUGACCUCUCUUCCAUUUGAUGUGCAGUCUACCAUUCACAGUCUAGAUCGAAGAUAUAUCCAGACAAACCUUAACGAAACCAAUAUCGAGCCGCUAGACUCUCGCUAUCGCCGGGUUGCACAACCAUCUCGCGCAACAUUUUUUGUUCUCGGCCGCGUCUUUAAAAUGCUUUGGACAGAACCUGCGGGUCAAGCCAACCCUGGGAAGACACGCAACUCCACCCACUUUAGUACAGUGCAAUAUGGAGAGACAGCGUUCAGUGAGAUACGUCGUUUCCUUGUUGUCCGCAAUAAGGGAGACUUCAGCCAUCCUAUUCAGACUUACAGGGGCCGCGGAGCCGCAAAAUUGGGUGUGAGAAUGUGUGAUCACGGUGUCAUACACACUAGUGUAGACCCGCCUAACCUCCUUCCAGGCGAGGAACUCACAAAAUAUUCAAUCCAAGUGCGGCCCACAGAAGGAGAAAAGCUCGAAUCUGCGAGUCGUGUCAAUUAUGGCAAGGCCUACGCCGUUGAGCACAAUGUCAAAGUACUCGACGUGGGCCUGGUUAUAGAACCCCACCGAUACCUUGUCAAACAGUAUUUUGAUGCUGCAAUGCUGUCAGAAUGAUUAAAAAGCGAAAAGCUGCACCAUACGCAGGCUUUAGGCAGUUCGGAGUCCUGGAAUCUUUGCCUUGUCUUGGUCGUUGGGACUAUUCUAGCAAUCG